CCAACAUUGGCACGAACCACCACCACCCCACACACACACAACGUGCGCGCAUCUUUCUUCCUCGCCUUGGAGAUGAAUUCAAAUAUCGUCUGUGGGAGCUCGAUCCGUCGUGAAAAACUCGUGAACGGGUGAAGCCACCCCGGCUGGAGGGAGAUCAAUAAACAACACGGUGCUUUGGUGUUGGAAGAGUAAACAACAACAACAAACAACCCCCCAAAGACUGGGAAAAAUUCACCAACAAAGGCCCCUUUCGUGAGCAAUUCGCGUGGCCAGAGUUUGUGGCCUUGAAUAAUCGUCACCUGUGGCCAAGGGCGGUGUGAAAUCCCGAGCUGUGUGGGGAGGGGGGGGAUUCUCUCGAUCUUUUCCCGGGCCAAAGGUGUUAAAGGGGCCCCUUUAUAACAUCAGCUGCAUCGGGCACUGCUGUCUCGCCAUCGUUGUCAACGCACGCCUGGAAUCUUCUCCAGGCGGAUCUCCAGAGCCCGGAGGGACAUUUCUCGUGUUAAAUAUUUGAAGAUACUUCGUCACUUUAGCUCUGAAUUUCUCCCUCAUCCUCACCAAGAAUUAUGUGUGGCUCUGCAGAUUUCAAUGACAUUCAUCCCGCGGCCUAAUACGCUGCAAACACUGCACGAUGGAAACGCCACUGUCUCUGAACAAGUACAUCCAAGAUAUUUGUUGCACUCAGUCCUACAAUGAUUUCAUGACAACGUACAACAUCAACAGGGCUGCAAUCUGCGACCGGGCCAAGCAAAGUGCCACUGAGCAUGCCAAGGAGGAGGAUGAUGCUGAGUGUGCACUGCAUGCUCUUAAAAGCAUAGAGCUGCUGUGUACAGUCCCCUCGUCAUUUCCUCACUGCAGUGAGCAUGGAGUGUGGGCCGGUGGCUCCACACGGGCUCCGCAGGCACGGCCAGUGCUGGAAUCGAUUGAUCCUGCCGAUGAUCGGCAGCUGCUGAGUGCUGCCCCGUCAGACAGUGCAAUGGGAAAUCAGGAUGGGAAGCCGCACGGAGUCAGCGCUGAUGCGACGGGAAGGCGGCGCUUGGAUGAGAUGGCAGAAGUGGCGGGUGUACAGGUAGGUUACGCCAGUGCGCUGGAUUCUAAACGUGCGGACGACUUGCAGGGGAUAGGAAAUAACAAACAGCACUCGGCGGUUGACACUGUAGGAUCGACAGCUUUUUCUGCGAUUUGUAAAUGCAGAUUUGUGGCCGAUGGCCAAAGUGGCGUAGCUUCACUCGAUAGCGCGAGGGAAGCGCGGGGAAUAAUGCGUACGCACACCGAUCAAGCUCUGACAUUUAUCACCCUCGGCGUAGGAGAUGGCAGCAUGCUCGCUCCUGUGCAUGAUACAGUUUUAUCAGCUGGGCAAAACUGUGACCUGGUGAAGUGCACAGGUCUGCACGUAGACAACGCCAAAUAUUUAACUUCGUUUUAUGAUGUUGAUCUUCAUAAUCGUAAUUUCAAGCCGGAUCAUAAACGACCAGUGUGUACCAAAGGAUCGUUGAAUAACAACAGUCUUUUGGUAAAUGUCCAGAAGGCUAUGUUAAAACAUGAGCCACUGCAGGGAACUCUAAAAGCAGAGGAUUAUUCAAAAGAAGGAAUUUUGAAAGAAACCGAGGAACCACAUCUACUGCUCAGGAACUCAGGUUACCAUAAUUACGGAGAACACGUACCAUCAGAUUACAAACCUGGCAAGAUAGACACUUCUGAUGAACUGAGGGAACUCCAUUAUGAAAAGAUACAAGAAGUCCCUUCAUUUUCAAGUGACCAUCAAAAACAGGAGCAAGAGUUUAGAGAUUGCUGUGGUGAAGAUAACGGUGGGCUUGAAUAUUCGUCAUCUUUCAAACCUAAAACACAAAACAAAGCACAGGAAGUUUGCUCAGCGAAAACAAAGUGUCCGCUGUUGGGUGUGCAUGCUCAUGAUUUUUGUGAGUUGCUGGAUACCGACAAACAGGAAACCAUAUGCGAUGUAGAUGUCAAGCUGCCCGCUCGAGAUAUUUCUCCAGAAUGUGUUCCAUCAGAACUGGAAUCUGACCAACUGAGUGGCGUGAAAAUGAGGACAAAGACAUGGGCCGAAUCCAGUCCCAAGCUGGAAUUUUGUGACUUGAGCAGCUUCUGUCUUCAUCACAACUCGCCGACAAGAAGCCCUUGCCUGCACAGUACCGUCGUGCACAGAAGGCACAUCAACACACAGUACCCGAUCACCACCACUCGACAACUGAGCUCCCCGGUGGCGUCCCCAGUAAUGUCGCCCAUGCACAGCCCUCUUCGGUCAAGCCAAGAGCAUGGCCUCUACACGGACGCGAUCCUGAUGCACAAUCACGAGUCGAAGGUGCGCAAGCUUGCCAAGUCGUGGGAUAUGGCUGCCCUCAAGAAUUCAGAAGUCAGUCGUUCUGCCGACUGGACCGAGGAGACCAUGAGUCUGAAGCAGAGACAGGAGAAGCUGCAGAAAGCUGGGUCCAUGGAUGUCCUUUCCUGGGGUAAAGACGAUCAGAGCAGUGACGUUUUCUGUGGCAAAAUGCGUCUGGAUUCCAGAGAACCUGCACAGCCUCUAGGCUUCAAUGCAGAAUUUACAGGGAGGGCGCUGCUGGAAUGGGUUAUCCGUUCGAUCCCCGAUGGAGAUGUUAUCAGCUCUCAGGAGAAACAGGAAGAGGCUCGCAGACUCUGCUCGAAGCUCCUGCACGCUGGGCUUCUCUGCGUAGCGAGGCGUUCACCAGAGCUGAAAUCCACGACGUUUUCUGCAGAAAAUUCACCACCUUUUCAGGCAGAGGAGCUGUAUUGCUGGGCGGCUGUGAGUGGCGAGAGAAGAGCAGCUUGGGACAACAGCCCUCCGCAGAGACUGCAGGCAGGCUGGCCUUCAUUCAAGUCUGGAGAAGCUUCUUCCGCCCAGGCUGACUCGGCGCAUUUGGUGGAAGAAUAUCGAAAGAAAAUUCUUCGAAUGAAGCAGAAGCACAAUGGAGCUGUGGCACAAGCAGAGAGAAUACACGAAUGUCGAGUCUUUCACUUGAAUGGAGAGCAUACAAGGGAGCUCACGAGGCUGGAGCAUAAGGUCGCGGACUUGAGGAGAAGGAUUGCUGAGCUGGCUGACAUCAACAGCAAUUGCCUGGGACGUCACGGCACCGUGAGGGACGCGGCCGCCCACGCGGAGGCCCACGGGCCGCAGGGCGUGAGCGCUCAGACGCAGACGGAGGCGACGGCGCACACGACGAAGGCGUCCGAGACACGAUCGGUUCAGACCUCUCCCGAAAAGAUGGUUUCCCUGCUUGGCACGCUAUUCUACGGCGAAGAACCCUCGAGGGCGAACGCGGUGUGCUCUCCCCAGGCCGAGAACGCCCCGAGACCAAAGUCGUGCUUCCACGCCAAAGUAUCACGUAAAGUCGGCCCGCCUGCUUCAUUUCCCUUCUACGAACCCUCGCCUAAGUCGGCCCCAAAAAUGCCCAAGGCAGGGGCCGGCAAUGAAAAUCUCACAACUGGUGGAGACCCAAAACUUCCUCAUCCACUUCCUGCAGACUGCUGCCUCCCAGCUAUGUCUGCUGAAGGCUCCAUUCCUCUCCCCCCUUCUUUUCUUCCUCCAACUAUUCCUGCGGAUUUGAUUCCUUCGCCUCCUCACGGUGCUCCACCUCCUCCUCCCCCUCUGCCUCCUCUUCCUGGGGGCUCCAUUCCUCCACCUCCCCCUCUUCCUCCUCUUCCUACGGGCUUCAUCCCUCCUCCUCUGCCUAUUCCUGGAGGUUUCAUCCCUCCUCCACCUCUUCCUCCUGUUCCUUUGGGCUUGGUCCCUCCUCCUCCUCCUCCACCUCUUCCUGGUGGCUUCAUCCCUCCUCCUCCCCCUCUGCCUCCUCUUCCUGGGGGCUCCAUUCCUCCACCUCCUCCUCUUCCUCCUCUUCCUACGGGCUUCAUCCCUCCUCCUCCACCUCUGCCUAUUCCUGGAGGUUUCAUCCCUCCUCCUCCACCUCUUCCUCCUGUUCCUUUGGGCUUGGUCCCUCCUCCUCCUCCACCUCUUCCUGGUGGCUUCAUCCCUCCUCCCCCCCCUCUUGGAGAUUUCAUCCCUCCUCCUCCACCGCUUCCUGGAGGCUUCAUCCCUCCUCCACCACCUCUCCCUGGCGGCCAUAUCCCUCCUCCUCCACCUCUUCCUGGAAGCUCCUUCCCUCCCCCUCCUCCACCUCUUCCUGGAAGCUCCUUCCCUCCCCCUCCUCCUCCACCACUUCCCGGUGGCUGCAUCCCUCCCCCUCCCUUUCCACCUCUGCCCCCUGGAGUGUCUGCCCCGCCGCUCCUCGCUCACCCGGGUGCCUUGUCAAGUGCGUCGCACUACGGCGUUGGCUUCCCGCACAGAGGAGGGCACCAGACGGCGUUCCCGCAAGGCGUGGCACUGCAGCGGCCCUCUGUGGAGCCGCACCUUCCGAUGAAACCGCUGUACUGGGCGCGCAUUCAGCUCAAAGAUAGAAGGUCGGAUACCGCAAAUACCAUCUGGGAUGGUUUGGAUGAGGCGAGGAUAAAUCCUUUGGAGUUCGAAGAACUUUUCUCUAAAAAAUCCCUGAAAGAGAAAAAGAAGCCGCUGUUCGAUGCGUUCAGCAAAAAGUCUAAAACCAAGCAAGUCACUAAAAUCUUGGAUGGCAAGCGAUCUCAAGCUGUAGGAAUUCUAAUGUCCAGCCUUCACCUUGAAAUGAAGGACAUUCAACAUGCCGUGCUGCAGUUGGACAACUCUCUGGUCGACCUCGAGACUCUGCAAGCUCUAUACGAGAACAGAGGUGAAAAGGAAGAACUGGAAAAGAUUGAGCAGUUUGUAACGUCUAAGCAGGGCGUGGAGGACACAAGGCAGCUGGAUAAGCCUGAACAGUUCCUGUACGAACUGUCGCAGAUUCCCUGCUUUGUUGAGCGGGUUUUCUGCAUCGUCUUCCAGUCCACGUUUACGGAGCUCAUCAAGUCGAUACACUGCCGGCUCGAGCUGGUGCAUCGCAACAGCAAGCUGCUGAAGACCAGCGCCGGAGUCCACAAAGUGCUGGGCCUCAUUCUUACCUUCGGGAACUACAUGAACGGCGGCAACAGGACCCGCGGACAGGCCGACGGAUUUGCGCUGGAAAUUUUACCCAAACUACGCGACGUGAAGAGUAACGACAAUCGCAUUAGUUUAGUCAACUACAUCGUGGCUUAUUACCUGCAGAACUUCGACGAGGACGCUGGGACAGAGCGGAGCAUAUUCCCACUUCCAGAGCCACAGGAGCUGUUCCAGGCUGCCCAGGUCAAGUUUGAGGACAUUCAGAAGGAUAUGCGCGAGCUUAGAAAGGAUCUUAAAGCCUGCGAGUCGGAGUUGAAGAAGGUCUGUAAGCUGUCGAAGAGUGAACACAUUGAGCCUUUCAAAUCCCACAUGGAAGCCUUCACGCACCAAGCGAAAAUUGACCGUGAAGUUGAAGAGAAGCGUCUACAGGAGACGCAGGCAAGCUUCCUGGACACGGCCGCCUUUUUUUGCUUCAAGCCGAAGUCGGGGGAGAAGGAGGUGACCCCCUCGCAUUUCUUCUCCGUGUGGCUCGAGUUCUGCUCGGAUUUCAAGGAAAACUGGAAGAAGGAGAAUAAAGUGAUCGCCACCGAGCUGUUGAGGAAAGCCAAAGAGAGCGUGAAGCAGAAAAUUAGCGAGAUGAAAGCCAUCACCGCAGAGAAAAAGACCUCGGGGCUGAAAGCAAACAUCCACAAGAAGAUGUCACUCCAAUGAGACGUCGAGGCUUGACGAUUCCCGCGGUCCCCCCCACACACACAUACAAGUGUAUCAUCACCAGCUCCCACAAUACAGGUCAUAUGGCGUUUUGUUUUUACUCGCUAACAAUCCUCGUGACAUUCCACGUGUAGAACCCGUCCCUGACAACUUGUACUUUUAUUCUCUUUGUCGUGCAAAUCAUUUUAUUUUCGUUAGUUGCGUACAUUUAUCCUGCCCGCCAGUGUCUCUCCUUACCGAUGUAACUAAAAGUGCGUUACGUUUACCAAAAGGGGUUCCAUGAAAGGGAGACACGACCCAAAAGUAUAUUUUAUGUUAUUUUACUUUUGUAACCAAACACAACUUUGGUCCACAGCGAUGUGACAGUUCAAACUUUAAUUUACAAAAAUGUCACAUUCACCUUUACAACCCAUUUUAACUGGCUCGUGAUUAAAUCCUGCGGCGAAGAGUUUGGCAUUGUACAGUGUAAGCCGACCUCGAUUGGUUUAACUUGGCCACCUCCCAGCAUGACACUGGGUGGCAGUGAUGUCGCUGUGGGGCCGGCUCCCACAAUGCACCAUGCAUUGUGACAUUACCUCAGUACUACCUCCCACAAUGCGCCGCACAUCGUCAUGUAGCGUUAGUACCUGCUCCCACAAUGCACCGCGCAUUGUAAUGUACCUGUAGUGCCACCUCCCACUGCACCAUACAUCGUCAUGUAAGUGUAGUACAUUCUCCCACAAUGCACUGUGUGCGUCAUGACCUAAACGUAUUUAAUGGUAUGGAAAUCGUACCGCAGUGACAUCGCUGGAGGGCGCUAUUACAGAACUCGUAACAGUAACGUGAUCACGACUUUAAUUCUUUCUUAUCAUUUGCAAAGAUUAAAUCUGAUGUGUGACAGCCUGGUACAGAGAGCUUAGGUUACUAAUUUGUAAAACAAUACCCAUUUGUGUUUGGCUUGCGUCUCCCUUCAGCGAAGGAUGCAAGCGAUAAGAGGACAGGAAGUGGUGUAAAGAGAAACAUGUAUUUUCGCAACUCGUGUGAGAUUGGGUCAGCCUGUAGGGUAGGGUCAUGUGUACAUACAUUGCAUUGUAAUCAAAAUACCGUAACACUUUCCCAAUUCACAAAUCGUUUAUUGUUACUGUGUGACAUUGAUUUUGUUCUUUUACAGAGGAAUGUUUGGUGGUUUCACCAUGAUUUCACCGAGUCGAACACUUGCGAUUAUUGUGAAUAAGUAUGUAAACACAGUUGAUUGUACAAACGCGAAGUCCAAACUAUGCAAAUGAAAUAUUGCGGCUGAUUUUUCCAGGCUAUUGUCAACCCGAAAUAAACUACUGAGUGCUGUGCCUACAAAUGUAUUACAUAGCCAAAAACAAUUGUAAUUAAAAUCCAAUGGGCCGGUAUGUAAAAUUACUUUAAUAUGACCUAGCAUUUUAUAUUUAUAAUUGCACCGUGCAUUAUUUCUAUCACUUUGUUAUAUUUACGUCUGUGUAUCUCGAUGCCUUCCUGCGGCGCAUGUUACUCGUCGGAGAUGAAUUAGACGUCGCUCAAUCGAAAUCUCACGUUUACAGCAACGUUACGUUUAGGGAUCUCUCUCGCCUGUGGCUAUGUUAUGUUUGCGAAUGCAGUAUUUAAAUAA